AUGGCAGAGCAGAUCGAAGCUUCCGCCAAGUCCUUCCUCACUCGGGCCAGCACCUUCGCCCUCAGCAAGGUCAAGGUUGGCACGCCGCUUUACUCCCUGGCCUACGGCGCAGCGGCGGGUGUGAUCCUCUCCGGCCUCGUCUAUGUUGGCCGGACCUUCAACAUCAUGUGCUUCGACCAUGAGUACUACAAGAUUCAAAGCCGAAAGCGCUAUUAUGAGAAGCAGAUGCUCUUCUUCAAGGAGCAGGAGGAGACAAAUCAGGCUCACUAUGUGGCCUCCCUGUCCGCAGAGUACGACCCGGUUGCUACCCGCAUGCCGUUCCAGACCCUGGACCCGAAGUAUCGAUUCUGA